GGGGGGGGGCCCGCGCGCGGGGAAGGAAGGAAGGAAGGAAGGAAGGAAGGAGGGAAGGAGGGAAGGAAGGAAAUAAGGAAAGAAGGAGAACAAACAGCCCGGAUCUGCCCGGCCGCCCUCUCCGGAGAGCUGAGGCGGGGGGAGGCCCGCCCGCCGGCCCCUUUCUGCGCCCCGCAGCGCGGCUGCGGCGGCCCCCUCCGCGCUCGCGGGCCGCCGAGAAGAUGGCGGCGGCGGCGGUGGCGGUGGUGGUGGUGGUGUCCGAGUGAGAUGGAGCGACCUGCCAGCGCCUUUUCGCCCUGAGGGGAGGCGGGUCCGCCCCGCCGGCUCUGCGAGGGGCAGCGGGGGCGCGGCCCGGCAGCGGGAAGCCCCCGCGGUAGCCCCGCGUUGAGGGGCGAGGCUGGGCCCGGCGGCUCCCGCUCGCCCCCCCCCCUCGCCGGCCCGUCCGGCCCCGGCCCCGGCUCGCCGCCCGGCCCCGGCCCGCCGCCGCCAUGCCGUGGCCUUUCUCGGAGUCCAUCAAGAAGAGGGCCUGCAGGUACCUGCUCCAGAGGUACCUGGGCCACUUCUUGCAGGAGAAGCUCAGCCUGGAGCAGCUCAGCCUGGAUCUAUACCAGGGCACCGGCUCCUUGACGCAGGUCCCUCUGGAUAAGUGGUGUCUUAAUGAGAUCCUGGAGUCUGCAGAUGCUCCUCUGGAAGUCACAGACGGAUUUAUCCAAUCAAUUUCCUUAUCUGUUCCCUGGGGGUCGUUGCUACAGGAUAACUGUGCGUUAGAAGUAAAAGGAUUAGAGAUGGUCUUCAGGCCAAGACCAAGGCUUGCAUCUGGGUCUGAGCCUAUGUAUUGGUCAAGUUUUAUGACCAGUAGUAUGCAGCUUGCAAAAGAGUGUCUUAGCCAAAAAUUGACAGAUGAACAAGGAGAAGGGUCCCAGCCUUUCGAAGGACUUGAGAAAUUUGCAGAAACUAUUGAAACAGUUUUAAGAAGAGUGAAAGUUACAUUUUUGGAUACUGUUUUGCGAGUAGAACAUGUGCCGGAAAAUUCCAAAAGUGGAACUGCACUUGAAAUCAGAAUCGAAAGAACUAUGUACUGUGAUGAAACUGCAGAUGAGUGCUCUGGAAUUAAUGUCCAUCAGCCCACGGCUUUUGCUCACAAGUUACUGCAGCUCUCAGGUGUCUCUUUCUUCUGGGAUGAGUUUCCUGCAUCAGCAAAGUCCUCCCCAGUGUGUUCAGCUACACAACUGGCAACUGAACCAAAGCUUUCACCUAGCUGGAAUCCAAAAAUCAUUUAUGAGCCACAUCCACAAUUAACAAGAAACUUGCCAGAAAUUACUCCUUCUGACCCUGUUCAGAUCAGUAAGCUGAUUGGUAGAAUGGAGUUGAGCCUAACAUUAAAGCAAAACGAAGUACUUCCUGGAGCUAAGUUGGAUGUAGAUGGACAAAUAGACUCUGUACAUCUGUUUCUGUCACCAAGGCAGGUGCAUCUUCUGUUGGACAUGGUAGCAGCUAUUGCUGGACCAGAGAGCCUAAGCAGGAUAGAAUUGUCAACUAAAGAUAGGAAAAACCGGCCAAUGCAACAGGAAGAUGAGUAUCGGAUUCAGAUGGAAUUGAAACGUUAUUUAAGAAAAGAGUCUUUAUCUGCGGGAGCGUCAUCCGAGCAGAGCUUCUAUGAGACAGAGAGUGCCAGAACGCCUUCUAGUCGUGAAGAAGAAGUUUUCUUCUCAAUGGCUGAAAUGGACAUGUCUCACAGCCUUUCCUCCCUUCCACCUCUUGGAGACCCUCCAACCAUGGAUCUAGACUUGUCUUUAUCUAGCACAUACACAACUACACCAGCAGGAUCUCCACUGAGCACUACAGUGCUUCAACCAACUUGGGGUGAUUUUCUUGAUCGUAACAAACAAGAGCUGCAACCUCCAAGAGGUUCUUCACUUGCAGCCAACAUGGUUCACCAGACUUCCUUAAGAAGGACAUCUAUUCCAUCCAGAUCUGUUUCUGUGGAUGAAUCCAGACCUGAGCUUCUUUUUAGACUGGCAGUUGGAACUUUCUCAGUGUCUGUACUUCAUAUUGACCCUUUACCCCCACCUGAAAGUUCUCUGAACCUUAACCCAUUGACACCAAUGGCUCGGGAUUUCUUUACCCGAAUAGAAAAGAUUGAGCCAGUUAAGUUUUCAACAGAAGAUUUUCUGUCCUUCCGAGAAGUAUUUGCAGAAGCUUGUUCUCAUGAUCACCUUAGAUUUAUAGGUACUGGCAUCAAAGUGUCUUACGAACAAAGACAACGGACAGCCUCUCGAAGUUUUAGUACUGAUUUAUCCAUUGGGGAUAUGGAGUUCCUGGAAUGCCUUUUUUCUACUGACUCUCAUUCCAUUCAGCCUCACUAUACAGAACUGCUGACAUUUCAUUCUGAAGAAGGAAAUGAAUCUCAUGCUAUGCCAUGCCUUCAGCUUCAUUAUAAACAUUCAGAUAACAGAGGACCUCAGGGUAGUCAAGGGAGACUCAGUUCUGUUCCACAGAAAGCAGAGUUACAAAUAAAGCUAAGUCCAGUGUUUUGUGAGCUGGAUAUUAGUAUUGUAGACAGAUUAAAUUCCUUACUUCAACCACAGAAACUAACUACAGUGGAGAUGAUGGCAUCUCACAUGUAUGCGUCUUACAACAAGCACAUAAGUCUGCAUAAAGCAUUUACUGAAGUUUUUCUGGAUGAUUCACAUACUCCUGCAAACUGUAGAGUUUCAGUUCAAGUCACUGCCCCAGCAUUAAAUCUCUCUGUUCGCUUCCCAAUACCUGACCUGCGGUCAGAUCAGGAGCGAGGACCAUGGUUUAAGAAAUCACUUCAGAAGGAGAUUCUUCAUCUUGAAUUUACAGAUCUGGAGUUUAAAACGGAGUUUGUAGGAGGGUCGACUCCAGAACAAGUUAAAUUGGAACUUACUUUUAAAGAGCUAACUGGUUCAUUUGAAGAAGAUAAUGCGGAAGCACCAAUCAAAUUUUUUCAAGUGUCUGGUGGCAUAGAUGGAGAUAUAACGUCAUCGUCAGACAAUUUUGACUGGCCUCGGAUUGUAUUGAAAAUAAACCCUCUGGCUGUGCACUCUAUUCUGGAAAGGAUAGCAGCUGAGGAGGAAGAAGGUGAUAAUAAUUUUCAAGAGGAAGAAGAAGGAGGGUCUCAUUCUUUGAAGGAUGUCUGUGAUAUUAGAAGACCAGAGCCUUCUCCUUUUUCUUCUCGUAGGGUCAUGUUUGAAAAUGAAGAGAUGGUGAUGCCAGGAGAUGUAGUUGAAAUGACUGAGUUUCAGGAUAAAACAAUUAGCAAUUCUCAUUAUGUACUGGAACUCAUGUUACCUAACAUUCACUUAACAUUGCCAAACAAAAGCUUUUAUGAAAAACUUUACAACAGGAUCAGCAAUGACUUGUUGUUGUGGGAACCCACAGCUCCAUCUCCCGUAGAAACAUUUGAAAAUCUUUCCUAUGGUGUUGGACUAUCUGUGGCCAGUCAGCUCAUCAACACUUUCAGUAAAGACAGCUUUAGUCAAUUUAAAUCUGCAGUUCAUUAUGAUGACGAGAGUGGGUCUGAGGAAGAAACACUACAGUAUUAUUCUACUGUUGAUCCAAACUAUCGUUCACGCAGAAGGAAAAAACUUGACUCUCAGAAUAAGAACUCACAAAGUUUUCUGUCUGUUCUGCUAAAUGUGACACAUGGCUUAGUGUCAGUAUUCACAGAUGUCAAGCAGGAUGAUGGAAAUAUACUGGAAGGAAAAUACGGCGAAUUCUGGUUUGAGUUCAACACUGGUUCACUCUUCAGCGUGACUAAAUAUGAAGGCUUUGAGGACAGACACUAUGUGUGUCUCCAUUCUAGCAGCCUCAAUUUAUAUCAUCAAGGUAUGGUAGAUGGGGUUGUCCCUUUCUCUGAAGUACGACUGCCCAGCACAAUACGUCCUCAUUGGUUAGAACCUACUAUUUGUUUUUCUGAAGAAGAUGGUCUUAGCAGGACCACUUCAGAUGGUGUAGGAGUGGAUUCUCCAAGUAUGCUGACCGUUGCAGUCAAAAUCCAAUCAGAUAAAAUAGAGAGCAAUACAAAGGAAUUUCUAGUUGCUGUUGGACUGAGAGGAGCCACCCUUCAGCACAGAGUACUGCCUUCAGGUUUAAGCUGGCAUGAACAGAUUUUAUAUUUUUUGAAUAUUUCUGAUGAGCCUGUUCUGGGAUAUAAUCCUCCAGCUACAAUUACAACUUUUCAUGUACAUCUGUGGAGUUGUGCUCUUGAUUACAGGCCCUUGUUUCUGCCAGUCAGAUCUCUACUUACCGUUGAAACUUUCAGCAUUUCCAGCAGUGUUGCAGUAGAUAAAUCCUCUUCUACUCUCAGGAUAAUUUUAGAUGAAGCUGCUUUGCAUCUGUCUGACAAAUGCAACACUGUUACGGUGAACCUCCAUAGAGAUUAUGUUCGUGUUAUGGAUAUGGGACUGCUGGAACUAACCAUUACAGCAGUAAAGUCUGAUUCUGAGGGGGAAAGAACUAAACCACGUUUUGAGCUGCACUGUUCCAGUGAUGUCAUCCAUAUUCGUACCUGCUCAGAUUCAUGUGCUGCACUAAUGAAUCUCAUACAGUAUAUUGCAAGUUACGGUGAUUUACAUCCACCUGCUAAGACAGAGAUUAAACGUGGAGUUAGCAAGCCAAAAAUGAAGGUAGAGACCUUUAGCCAGGCAUCUUCCCACGGCCCAGUCCUUGCUGAAUCAGAGCAACAGAUUUUACGGGAUUUGAUGAGUGAUGCAAUGGAGGAAAUUGAGACUCAACAGACUGCUGCUGCCAUGAAGCCAGAGUCUAAUGGAGUUUUGGAUGACAGAUCUCAAACUCAGGAGCCAUCUUGCUCAGAUCUCUUCCUGUUUCCAGACGAAAGCGGAAAUGUCUCACAAGAUCCAAGUCCCACUUACGCUUCAUUAACUCAUCACCUGAUAAAUGAGGCCAUGGGAGACGCUCCUGCAGAAAGUGAUGAUUUCUGCAUUCUUUUUGCACCCAAAGUUGCUGUUGCCGAAAAAGAGGAGGAGCCAGUAAUAAAAAUAAUGGUUGAUGAUGCAAUUAUCAUAAAGGAAAAUCAUUUCAGCCAACCGAUUAAAAAAACAGAUACAAGCAAAGCUCCCCUUCAUUUUCCUGUUCCUCUGGUACGCUACGUUGUAAAGGAAAUCUCUCUUAUUUGGCAUCUUUAUGGUGGAAGGGAUUUUGGGACUGCACCACCAACAUCUCCAGCUAAAAGUUUUGUAAGUCCCCAUAGUUCUCCUUCUCAUACACCAACGAGGCACGGACGGAGUACAGCGUGUGGGGGAAGAGGAAGAAACCCAGACUUCCUAAUGGAAAUACAGUUAAGCAAGGUGAAAUUUCAGCAUGAGGUGUAUCCUCCAGGUGGUGCAGACGGUGAAUGCAGUCUGUUGGAGCAGCCCGUGUCACGGCAGGUUUUUAUUGUUCAAGACCUGGAGAUCAGAGAUCGCUUAGCUACGUCACAGAUGAAUAAAUUUCUUUAUCUCUACUGCAGUAAGGAGAUGCCCAGAAAAGCACAUUCAAACAUGUUAACAGUUAAAGCAUUACAUGUCCGUCCAGAGUCUGGCAGAUCCCCGCAGGAAUGUUGUUUACGUGUUUCACUAAUGCCACUUCGCCUCAAUAUUGACCAGGAUGCCUUGUUUUUCCUGAAAGAUUUUUUCACUAGCCUCUCUACAGAAGUAGAACUCCUAGUUACUCCAGAUCCUGAAGUUAAAAAGUCUCCUGGUGCUGAAGUUACGUGUAGUUUGCCCAGGCAUGUCAGCAGCCUUAAGGACCCAAGUCCAGUCAUUUCUUUCUCAUCACACAAGCAAGCAAAUGAAAAUGGUAGCAUUGAUUCUAUGGAUGCAGUUAAUGGAGAUGAUCAUAAUUUCUCACAAGAAGUGACACCAUACAGUGAUCAGCCGGUAUUUUUCAGAGAAUUUCGGUUUACAUCAGAAGUUCCAAUACGUCUUGAUUACCACGGCAAACAUGUAUCAAUGGAUCAGGGGACACUAGCUGGGAUUCUUAUUGGGCUUGCUCAGUUAAACUGCUCAGAAUUAAAGCUGAAGAGACUCUGUUACAGACAUGGUUUAUUAGGUGUGGAUAAAUUGUUCUCCUAUGCCAUCAGCGAAUGGCUUAAUGAUAUAAAGAAAAACCAGCUACCAGGAAUUUUGGGAGGAGUAGGGCCUAUGCAUUCGCUAGUGCAGUUAGUCCAAGGCCUGAAGGACUUGGUGUGGCUCCCAAUAGAGCAGUACCGGAAGGAUGGCCGUAUUGUAAGAGGCUUUCAAAGAGGAGCAGCUUCUUUUGGUACUUCCACUGCAAUGGCAGCACUGGAGCUAACAAACAGAAUGGUUCAGACUAUACAGGCAGCUGCAGAAACUGCGUAUGACAUGGUAUCACCAGGCCCUACUUUCAUUGAAGCAAAAAAGAUCAAACGAUUCUCUCGCCACCGUUUAGCUCAUCAGCCCGUAGACCUCCGGGAAGGUGUAGCCAAAGCGUACAGUGUAGUAAAAGAGGGGAUUACGGACACGGCCCAAACCAUCUAUGAGACUGCAGCCCGUGAGCACGAAAACAGAGGAGUAACUGGAGCGGUAGGAGGAGUCCUUCGCCAAAUUCCACCGACUGUGGUGAAACCUUUCAUUGUGGCAACUGAGGCAACCUCAAAUGUUCUGGGUGGAAUGAGAAACCAGAUCAGGCCGGAUGUGCGUCAAGAAGAGUCUCAGAAGUGGCGCCUUGGGGAGGAUUGAGAUUAUAAAUCUGGCUCAGCAGGCAGGUAGCGCGGCUGGAAAUGCAGCAGAUUGUCCCGCUGGCAGCUUUAGAUGGAGCUCACUUUGUCUCGUCACGCUCAUCUCAGGAACAAACGAGGUUUUCCACUACUAUUAGCAAAACAUCCAACCAAAAAUAUUUAUGAAGUGAAAAGCAAAUUGGUACUUGCUUAUAAUGUGUGUUACCAAUACAUUUGGUAGAUAGUGCCAAACAUAGCGAAGCAUGCGCUGCCAACUCAGAGACAUGCUUGCUCUAUUCCGUUUACCAUAUUUUUCUUGGUAGAUUUAACAUCUGAAGCUGUAGCCUGUAUGGUGAAACCAAGCAUACUUACAGAUGUUUUCUGAGCAUAGUCAAAGAACUGUCAUCCCUAAAGGGUUCUGCAGAUGCUCUUCACUGACUAAAGGAUAAAAGCUUUCAUUUUGGACACGAGACAUGAAGGCUGUGUAAUAUGGAAGCAGAUAGGAUAAUAUCGUUUCGUGGUCAUAAGCAAGCUUGAUAACCAUUCAGCAUUUAGAUUCAGUGUCCAUACACCUACGAACAGGAUUUGUUCCUAAAUACUAAACACCUGCUUUUGCGGGUCUUUGAAGAACCCGAAUGUUGCAGAAAUGUUCUGUUGUGUUGCACUUUAAAGGAUAUGGCCUGUAUAUUGUGCUUUUUUUAUAGUGUGAAUAAAAUGUAACGUGCAUUAUCCUUUAUGUGGUUUAGAAGCUUACACAGAUUAUUGAAAAGAGCAUCAUUUGAUGAUGAUCCUGCAGAAAAGUGUCUUAAAUUUGUUUAAACUCCUCAUCGUGUGUAAAAACACUUUUGUCUUCUGUUACACUAAUUACAAUGCUAGAAUAACUAUUCUUCAGGAAAACAGCAGUUAAAUAUUAUUGUGGCCGACAGUUCUUUGUAAGAAUGUGAAAUCCUAAGUAAAAACAAAUUAGUUCAUAAUUUCAUAGUUAAAAUUCUAUAUAGACUUUAUUUUAAUAACCCACUUUUAUUUAAAGUUCAUAUCGUUGCAAAUUUGCUGCUCUCACAAGGUAUUUUUGAUUUAAAUCGUGCGUCGUCAGUUAUUUGACGACGAGUAUUCGGGGUCAUUUAAUUUGAACUGGGGAUGGGCGAGAGGAUUAUAAAAAAAAAAAAAAAAAAAAAAAACACCAAACAAAACUUCAAAAAUCAAAGUUGGUACUGACCUUAUCUAGAGUUUAGUAGGUGGCCAGGAUCUCCACGGGGCUUUAUUAAGCAACUGACAUUGCGCCAUUUCUGGGCAGUUAAAAGGCUCGGCAGUAGCUGUGCAAGAAUAAACCUUUUUCCUUGUAUUAGCAAAAACUGGAAAAUAAAAAGUAAAGACUAUUCUGAAUAGAAAAAAUACUUAUUUUCGAUUUCAACAACUUAACGCUUUGGAUGACUCGCCAGAACAUGAGUUUGUCAUUGUCUUGUGCUUGUCCGAAGUGGGGAUCGUGCACGUGUGGAACAUCCCCCCUGAGAGGGGGGCAUCAGAUGCCACCGAUCAGACUUCAGUUUCUAAGGGUGGUGAGGAAAUAGUUUCCCCUCUCUGUUAUUUAAUAUCUGCCACUAGCAAAAACUUUGCUAAUGGGCCUUACCGGAGAAAUAGGAGUGUAUGAAGGAAAAUAGUUACUGCUUGUUCAUCCUGAUGCUGUAGCAGGUAAUCCUGAACACCAAAGAAUCUGCCUGGAGGAUAAAUGAUUUGAAAACGUCCCCUCUGCUGGGAAGACUUCUGCAGUCUGCUUUAUUACUUUUCAUAAAGCACAACUCCAGUCACAAACAAAUUCUUGCGUUGGCUGACAGGUGGUAUUACAAAGUUUUGUUUUCAUUCGCUGGAAUCAUCGAAGUUGUGGCACGCUUCGAAGACCUGGUGAUUUCAGUUAAAUGACGACUUGUAAGCAGAAGGAGGUGCUUUUGAGAGGACAAAUCCCUGCAGGUUGAAUCCCCUGAAGUAUUGUCUGAUGGAAGAAGGCUCGCUGCAGCUCGUCCUUCCGUGCAGUCGUUAGAGAGCUGUGCUUCAGUGAGAGCUCAGAGCUGGAGCACCUGGCACAGGAGGGAGUUCCAUCUUUGCAAUCAGGCACCUCCUGAAUGCCUUCUCAAGAAGUGGCUGGGAGUCAAUGCAAGUAAGUAGCAGCGCAUCUUUUCCAUUUGCAGGUGCCCUACUGUGUCAUUUUGGCUGGCCCAGUUAAUCGGAGUAUACUGUAAUAUUACAAAUCUACAUAUUUUCUUCCUUCUUGACAUUGCUGGAAAGGAGCAGCGGCAUUUCAGUGUUCAUUUAAUUUUCAGUUCUGUCAUGAUCUGGUUGUACUGCAAUGCAAUUAGAAUAUAUUUUUAUAUGAGGGCAUGCUGUCAAGGUAAAACAUUUUUAUAGUGUCUCAUUGUCAGCCAUACAGAUUGUACAAAUUUAUUAAACUUUGCUUUUCACCAUGUAAACCCUUGCAUUUACUGCUUGCACUUUAUUGAGCCUUUUCAGUGAAAUUGAUUCAAAUUUUUUCCAACAUUUUAGUUUUAUAAGCAGUUUCUUAAUUAUUGGAUGUAUAUUCUGAAUUUUCAGUUGUAACAUGAUCUUGCAGCGUGUGAAAUGUAUAAAAAAAAAAAAAAAUAAAAAACAAAAACCACCAAAAAUCAUCCCCAACAAAACUCACCGAACUAGUCUUCACAUUAGGACUUUGUUUUCAAAAUGUGUCUUCUACGGGGCGGCUUGUGUUUUAAAACAAAAACUAUGUAUUGUGUAUGGAAGGGGCUUCAUCAAAUGCUCCACUCAACGCUGUAAGAGUGUUUAAGCACUUAUUUAAAAAGAAAAAAAAAAUACACAAAAAGAGAUUUGACUCUGGACAUACUUCCAUAAACUGGAAGCCUCUGGAUACAUUACUGUAUUCUCCGUUAGCUUGAGGAGAUGUGCGGAAGAACUGUUGUACUUGAAUUUUCCACUGAAAUCAGUUGGUGUAGAUACUGGCACUGCUCAUAGUGGUGGUGGGUGUAAACUGGCGCGCUCCGUGUUCAAUGUUCAAAUUCCCUGGUGGUGAACUGACUUACACUCCUACUGCCACUCCUCGUCCUUAGUCUGACACUGUCCUGAUAGAACUGUCAUCCCGGGUUCUCUUUACGCAUCCUGGCCCUUCAGAUAGUACCUGCAUGGGUGCCUGGGAAUUACCUGAAAAAAAGACAUCGUUUGGGAAAAAAAAAAAAAAAAACAAACAAAAUAAAUAAAAAACCAAAACAAAGCAUGCUUCAAAAGAAUCUCAGCAGUGACCGAGAGCAACAAAUCAUCUAUUUUCUUUCCGAGAUCUGCUGACGGUUCCAAAGCACUGCGACUUUUUUAGGAAUGCAGUGGGCCCUGCUAAGCACUGGCUCAGUCACCGCCGCGUUCGUAGGCGCUUCAGGGAUGCGUCUGGCUGGAUUUUCUCAUUAAGUGGUUGAUUGUGAGCGUCUGUUGCUUGCUUUCAUUUCAAGUUGCUUCAUUGAGUUGCCAAGAAUCAUUUCUUACUAAACCACAAAGCAGGUGAAUGGUUGACGAGCAAAACACUCUUACUGAACGCGACACACAUGCCUGCAAGUGCGGUACGGAUUUUACUUUAGGCAUUGAAAUGCGUGCGUUUUGUAAAACAGGGAAAUCCAAUAAUUUGUUUAGAAUAGUUAAAUGCUUCUAAAUCCUUGAAAUAUACUAAAUCUCACAGCAGUAUAAGCAUUGUCAGGGAAGGUGGGGGUAUUUGUCAGUUCACCCCCCCCCCCGUGUGUAUAGCUCUCUCAGUCCCCAGGCCUCAUGAUUUAAGCUUCUGACAACUGUUUUAAGUUGCUCCACGUGCUGUGACUCUUGUUUACAGUUAAAAAAAUUAGAUACCACAAAUUAAGUACAUAAAUACAAAUCAUGCGUUUGUACUGGAUUCCUUAAUAGGUAGCUCACACAGAAACAGCAGUUUGUGUAUAUGUUUGUGUAUAUUUUUUUUUAUAUUUUUGCAUUUAUAGUAGUUUUGUGGUAUUGUUUGUAUAUAGUUUGCUAGUGUAAAGAAUAUAAUCUCAUGAAAUAGAUACCACUGUUGAAGGGAAUUGACUAUUUCAACUCGAGUUAUUUUGCUUAAAGUUCUUGUCCCCUCAGUAUGUCUUUGAGAAUUAUUUUUGACCAUAAUUUAUAUGGCACCAAAAGUGUAUAUUUUAGCUUAUUAAAAUGCUGAAAGGCCUGAGUGCAAAUAGGUUGUCCUGUUAAAUAUGUUUAAUGAAAAAAAGAAAAUAAAUAUUUGUAACAAUACAUAAAUAAAUAUCUUAAUUUGUUCCUUGA